AAAAUUUGCCAUUUUUUGUUACACAAUUGAGGUUAUGUCGGGUAGGUUGGUAGCGCUGGUAGUUUUUUUAUAACCUCAAAAAAUGGACUAUGCUGAAGAGCAAAAGGGGGAAAUAGAGGCUCUUGAGUCAAUUUAUUUCGGGGAUUUAAGACUGUUGAGCACAGAGCCGUACCACAAAUUUUCGAUUCAAAUCAAGUCCGAAGAAUAUGAUCCUGAGACCGAAAACACGGGUUUGUCCUGCGAUAUGGUCUUUACAUACACACCGAAAUACCCCGACGAGUCCCCAAUUAUAGAACUCGAAAACUGUGAAAACUUCGAGGAUGGCUACGAGUCCGAUUUAUUAGAUUUUCUCAAAGGCCAAGUACAGGAAAAUUUAGGCAUGGUUAUGAUUUUUACUCUAGUUUCCUCAGCACAGGAGUGGCUGAAUGUGCGAUGGGAGGGGGUGAAGAAGGAGCGGGAUGAAGAAGCUGCGAGGAAGUUAAAAGAAGAGGAAGAAGCAGAAAGGAAACGUUUUGAGGGGACAAGAGUCACAGUUGAAACGUUCCUCAAGUGGAAAACGAUAUUCGAAGAUGAAAUGGGUAUAGCGAAGAGACGAGAAAUCAGCGAAAAAGAAGGAAAGAAAUUAACAGGGAGGGAGUUGUUCAUGACUGAUGUCACCCUCAACGAGUCUGAUCUCAAGUUUCUUGAGGAUGGCGAAGGGGUCAAAGUUGAUGAGUCGCUCUUCCAAGAUAUGGAUGAUCUUGAUUUAGAUGAUGAAGACGACGAAGAUUUUGAUCCGAAUAAUUACAGCGAUUCCUCGGAUUAAGGGACAAUACUAUUUUUUUAUUUAUUUUGUAUGAUACAUUUGAAAUAAAUUCAUUACAGAA